ACGAGCGGGUGUUAAAUCAGAUCGUGUCGGUCCCGUCAAUUUUACAGACCGGAUUUCUGAUUCGUAGUCCUUCGUCGUCCAAAUAACCCCGACAACAAAAUUAGAAAGCGUGAAUUACUUGUGUUAACAAAGUCAGCCCGUUCCCGCCAUGCGGGACUGUAUCUCCGAAUGUAAAUACACCCAAAUCUGGCUGAUGCAUAAUCGUCUGAUCGAAUUAUUUCAACUCCGCAUAUUUAUGCUAUAGUUGCUUCUAGGAUAAAUUAGUUGUUUCUAUCGAGUUGCGUAUGACGAAGAGUGGGACAAGCUUGCGAAACAUCUUGGCGGCAAUGCAAUGAUGCAGGUCAACCCAGAGUCGCACUGGCGACCAUGACUACGUUGCUCCCUACUAACGGGAGCUUACUACAGGUUUGAAUUUAACGAUCCGCCUACAUGUGAAGUUGAUCAAUCCUCACUCGACUACCACCGCCUCUUCCGUCACCGCUUAGGGUACCUACAGAUACAGGUAGAUGGUAGCAGACGUGGUGUCGCAAACGGACAUAUUGAGCCAUUGAAAGAUCGGCUAGACGAUGGAUGGCAGCGUAACGCGCUAAAACAGCUCCAAGCUGCUACUGGGAACGUCAACUAAACAGGCCAACGGAUCGUGAGAAUCGACAGCUAUCUGAGCUGGAAAUCUUUCAAGAAAGACUGUACUUGUAAUGGAAGCUCCAUCUUCAGCCUAAAUUGGAUCACUGUAGACAUUCGGAUAGAACUGUGAGGAACUGUGAGAGCUUCUAAAAAAGUGAAGGACAAAUGGAUGAGCCGCAGAAAAUGAACUAUAUACCAAAGUGCAGCUUAACCGUCCCCAUAUCGAACGAAGAACGAUUUCAUCGCUUAGUACUACUGGGACCUUCAGGUGUGGGAAAAACCUCGCUGAUACGCCGCAUUCUAUAUAAUGUAUUUGAUCCCAUCUAUAGACCCACACUUGAAGAGUCUCAUAGGAAGGUACUUCGAGUCCAAGAUGACGGUGAUACACGAACUGAACUAGUGCUAAAUCUGGACAUUAUCGACACAUCUGGUUCACCGGAGUUCCCCGCAAUGAGGGAGCUGGCGCUUCAGAAAGGUGAGGGCUUUGUACUGGUAUUCUCAUUCGAUCAACCUUCAUCACUCGACGAGAUUGCACUUCUGCGAGACUCAGUGCGCGCCGUUCAUCCGAACGCUUUUAUUUUAGUCGUUGGUAACAAGUCGGAUCUGCCCUCGAAUAAAUGUACUAUCCAGCUUGAGCUGGCUGAAAGCCUCGUGAGCUGCGAUUGGGAGCUACCGUUUGUAAACUGUUCCGCUCGAACCGGAGACCAUGUUGCUUGCAUACUCGAACAAAUAUCUGAAGUGUGGGGCGUAGGAAGCGCAAAUGUAGUCAGCCCGCGUCGGGGGUUACGACGACAGUCGAUGCCACCUGUCUUCAGAGGUGCUUAUGUCGGUCAAAGGAGGUUUUCGGUGAUGCGAAAUCUCGCGAAACGUAAAUCGUGCAUGGUUCAGUAAUUUAGGCCAACGAGUUAGGCCAGGAGAGACAGCAAACGAAACAAAGGGAUGCAGAACUUGCCCUAAAAUUUAAA